AAUAUUACAAAUCAGAUGUUUUACUUUUACAGCAUUGGGGGAGACCCUAGACUGUACUCAUAAAGAACCUUAGCUUAGAGAAAUCCUCCUUCCUCACUAGUCACUACUUACUACCAUCCCCUCCUUCUUGAAUCAACCAAGGCAAGCCUCUCACUAUCCUUAUAAUGUCAGUCAUCUCUCUAUCGUCGAUUACCUGAAACCCUUCCGGCCUCCCUCAUGUAUCCCCGGCAAACCCACGCCGCCUCUACUGUUCAUAUCGAGAAGUUUUCAUCCUAUAUCAUUCUUUCUAGCAAAUUUCUCAUACAACAACGUAACCCACCUUUAAUUUCACGUCAACCGAUUCAAAGUGGAAGUCAUCACCGAAGAAGUCGUCAACAUUAGGAUCAUCCCUUUGGCUUCGUUGUUUCACUCCCACCGAUCACUCGAUGUAGCAAUAUAGCACGGCACACGAACCUUCUGUGAAUCGCUGUUGAAAAGAGUUCAGACUUCUCUACCCGAAUUGCACUUUGAGCAUUGUUGCAUCAGUAAUGAGUGGACUCCGCACCAUCUAUGCCCAAGUACCUAAGCAACACAAUAGUGAUGAUUGUGGAGUCUUCGUGUACAAGUACCUUCAGCAAUGGAAACCUAACACCUCAUUGCAGGGUUGCAACCAGGAACAAAUUGCGUAUUUCCGAAAAGAACUCCUCUUAUCGUGCGUUCUGAGUGACUCGAACACUAAACGGGAAGAACUACUUCACCAAGUGGAUAAAUACUUUAAGAUGUCUUCCCCAUCAGGUUUUCAAUAUGAUGAUAAUAGUAAUUGUGAGAUUUUGCCUCCAACAAAGAAGAGUGUGACUCCAAAAGAGAGGAAUGUGACAUCAAAGGAAGUUGUUAGUGUGUCUCCUAGGACUCAAAAGAAGAAGGUAGCAAAAAGAUACGUGGAACAUAUGAUUGAUGAGCAGGCAGGAGAGGAUUUCAUUCUACAUUCAAAUCCUACUGGGAGCACGAUGGUUGAAGUUGUUCCGCAUAUCAUCACUACACUAAUGGAAAGAAUGAGAUGUCUAGAUGCUUUUGGGAAGAAGAUAACCAAAAUAAAAGAUAGUAUCAUACGCCAUCUCUUACCCAUCAAAAUGGAGGCAGAACGAAGUGAUGGUCCUGCACUCCUUCUUACACCCAAUUGGCUAAAUGAUGUUAUGGAUGCAAAGUCGAAAAGUGGCUACAACCCAUUGUAG